ACCGUUCGCCUUGAUAUCUUCGUCACCUCGACGACGUCGUUUUCUCGUCGUUGUCUUCAUCUUCCUCUCUUCGUCUCCGAGAAAUUUCUCGCUCACCUCUCUAUCUUCGAGAUUCUCCCUCUGUUUUCCUUUAAUCCGAAACCCUAAUCGCCCCCCUGAUACAUGACUGAUUACUCCGUUGAUCCUUAUUUUCAGGGUUAAUUUUGACCAUCCCAUGUCAGGGAAAGAGCUUUCUCCAGUGCCGUUGCAGCAGCUGACCAAAGCCCCGGCGCCACUCGCCGUCCAAGAUGCUGACCCGUUGCGGUUCCGGGUCGGUGAUCCGGACCCUAAAACCCGCGAGUUCGCCGCUUUUAUCGGUGAUCACCGCCGGUACUUCGCAGCCGCCGCUGCCGCAGCCGCAGCAAUCCAUCAUCCUCACCCCGAGUUCCGCCACGACUUCUACUCGGAGAAUCCCGUUCAUAGGGACCAUCACGAUAGCGGCGGAUUGGACGUGGACGAGGACAACGAAGAGGGCGACGAAAUGGACGGAGACGAUGACUCCCAUGUUGCAGGACUAGGCAACGCAUCGAACAGAGAAGGUGCAGGGGAAGGUUCAUCAGCAGGAGCAUUGACAAUUGCAGACCCGGAAAACACAGUUUUCUACUCGCAGCAGUUCAAGACGACAGAAGCGAGUUCUGUCUCCAGGCAUAGGGAUGUGAUGGCUUCGGAAAAUGGGUGUGGUUUCAGCGGCAGGAAAGAAGCUUCUUCUUCAAGUAAUUCAAUUGAUCCAUUGAGGGCCAUUUUAUCUGAUCCGACUACUGGGGCUCUGAUGGAUGAUGCGAUGAUUCUGCCGUGUGGCCAUUCUUUCGGAGCUGGAGGGAUAGAACGAGUUAAACAGAUGAAAGCUUGCUGCAGUUGUUCACAGCCAGUUUCAGAAGACUCGAUAACUCCAAAUCUAACUCUGCGAGUGGCUGUACAAGCAUUUUGCCGAGAAGAAAACUUACUUUUCAAUCGCUCGUCCAAGAGAAAACGAGAAGGGUCUGAUCAGCGCGCCUUUGGUAAUUCAAAUUCGUCAUGUCAUCCCAGAAAUAGAAGCAAUCAUUUCCCAUUUUCUGUAGCAGAUCGAGUCAUAAUAAAGGGAAACAAGAGGACACCGGCUCGUUUUGUUGGACGGGAAGCUGUUGUCACUACUCAGUGCUUGAACGGCUGGUAUGUGGUAAAGACGCUUGACAAUGCAGAGAGCGUGAAGCUUCAGUACCGUUCACUGGCAAAGAUGCCGGAAGAUCCAUCAGCCAUGGCAGUGGCGGCGGCACCGGCACCGAGCAAGACGGUCUCGAACUGGCUCUAAGAAAAGCAUUGGAGAGGAGGGAGAUUGCUGUAUAAAAUACUGUUGUACAUGGUAGCAGUAGUAGUAGUAGACGUUGUUGUUCCAUUGCUGGAUGUUUGAGGAAACCCUAGGAUGACAUCCAUCCACUCCAGACUUUUAAAGGCUUUAACAAGGUCUGAAACGAAUCAAAGAUCUCUGUCUGGAUAUAUUUCCGACUACCGAAGCUGAUCUGUCGCUGUAAACUUUAGAUUCGGUCUGAUUUCUUAAGAUCCGAAUAAGGAUGAAUCAUAUGAAAUUUCUCCUC